GGUUUGUUAUCAUUCCCUGAAGAUGGCGUCGAUCAUGGAAGGGCCGCUGAGCAAGUGGACCAACGUUAUGAAAGGAUGGCAGUACCGCUGGUUCGUGCUUGACUACAACGCGGGCCUACUCUCUUACUACACGUCCAAGGACAAAAUGAUGCGAGGUUCCCGAAGAGGCUGUGUCAGACUGAGGGGAGCUGUGAUUGGUAUAGACGAUGAGGAUGACAGCACCUUCACAGUUACAGUGGAUCAGAAGACAUUCCAUUUUCAAGCCCGUGAUGCUGAUGAGAGAGAGCAGUGGAUUCAUGCAUUAGAGGAAACUAUUCUGCGUCACACUCUGCAGAUCAGGGGUACUGAAACAGGAUUUGUUCCAAGUGUUCAAGAUUUUGACAAGAAGCUCGCUGAAGCUGAUGCCUACUUACAGAUUUUAAUUGAUCAACUGAAGUUGUUUGAUGAAAAAGUCAAGACUUGCAAUGAUGAUGAGCAGAGAAGGAAAGUUGAAAGUCUCAAGGAAGUAACAAAUAGCAUGGUUGAAUCUAUUAAACACUGUAUAGUGUUGCUGCAGAUUGCCAAGGACCAAAGUAAUGAGGAGAAGCACGCAAAUGGAAUUAUAAGUACCAUCAAUCCAGUGGAUGGAAUUUUUCUGCCUAAUCCUUUGGAUUCCGCUGUUAUUAGCACUAUGCCUACCCAGACUGUAUUACCACCAGAGCCUGCCCAGUUAUGCAAAGCAGAACAGCGUCCAUCAACUUUGGCUGUGGGAUCUAAUGUUAAUGCAAUGGGUAAUCACCAGACACCAACUCCUAACAGUACAGGAAGUGGGCAGUCAGCACCAACCAGCAGCAUCACCUCACCCAGCCACGUAAAUCUGUCUCCAAACACCGUGCCAGAUUUUUCUUAUUCCAGUAGUGAGGAUGAAUUCUAUGAUGCCGAUGAAUUCUACCAGAGCAAUUCUUCACCGAAACGUUGCUUGGAAGUUUUAUUUUGUAGUGCAACAUCUCCUGUGAUCACACACAGCAGCACAGGCGGAAGUCUAAAGCGCCCAGACACCACAGAAUCGCUGAACUCAUCUAUGUCUAAUGGAACAAAUGAUGCAGAGCUGUUUGAUACGCAUGAUGAGAGAGAUGACGAGGGUGAAGGAGAAUCUGUGGAAGAGCACAAGAGCGUCAUCAUGCAUCUCCUAUCCCAGGUCCGACUGGGCAUGGAUCUGACAAAGGUGGUACUUCCCACGUUUAUUUUGGAAAGGCGGUCUUUGUUAGAAAUGUAUGCAGACUUCUUUGCACAUCCAGAUUUAUUUGUAAGUAUUGUAGACCAAAUUGACCCAAGGGACCGAAUGGUGCAGGUCGUCAAAUGGUACCUCUCAGCCUUUCAUGCUGGUCGCAAAGGAUCUGUAGCCAAGAAACCAUAUAACCCUAUUCUUGGAGAGAUCUUCAGAUGCCAUUGGAUAGUGCCUGAGAUUGAAACUGAAGAAAAUACAGAACCUGUUGCGGAAGGGCCAAUUCCAGAGGCCAGCCAGAACAGUGUAACCUUUGUGGCAGAACAAGUGUCGCAUCACCCUCCAAUUUCUGCAUUUUAUGCUGAGUGUUUCGCAAAGAAAAUCCAGUUCAAUGCACACAUUUGGACUAAAUCCAAGUUUCUUGGAAUGUCUAUAGGAGUGCAUAACAUAGGACAAGGAUGCGUCUCUUUGCUCGAUUAUGAUGAGCAUUAUAUUCUCACUUUUCCAAAUGGUUAUGGAAGGUCAAUUCUAACAGUUCCAUGGGUGGAACUAGGAGGCGAAUGCAGCAUAACCUGCGCAAAAACAGGAUACAAUGCCAGCAUUAUAUUUCAUACCAAGCCAUUCUAUGGAGGCAAAAAACACAGAGUAACUGCAGAAAUCUUUUCUCCAAAUGACAAGAAGUCCUUCACCUCAAUUGAAGGGGAGUGGAAUGGAGUGAUGUAUGCUAAAUGGAGUACUGGGGAGGGCAGCAUAUUUGUGGAUACAAAGAAAUUGCCCAUUAUCAAAAAGAAAGUGAGAAAACUGGAAGAUCAAGAUGACUUUGAAUCUAGAAGACUUUGGAAGGACGUAACACACAACUUAAAAAUAAAGGAUAUUGAUGCUGCCACGGAGGCAAAGCACAGACUUGAAGAAAGACAAAGAGCUGAAGCAAGGGAGAGAAAAGAGAAUGAAGUUCAAUGGGAGACACGGGUGUUCCACGAAGAUGGAGAAUGCUGGAUAUACGAUUAUCCACUGCUGAAGAGGUUGGGUGGCAAUAAAUAUUAAGAUAAUGCUUCAAAAAUGACUGAACUGAACACAUUUAAAGCCUACAAUUGAAAAAUACUUUCUUUUGCCUAACAGAAAAUUUUGUAUCAAGAUUCAUAAUAUUCAAUAAAACACUAUUACUUUGUGGUUACUUAAAUGCAUUCAUUUAAGAAAUGCAUUGUUUAGAUUUCAUCCGGUAAAUUUAAAGUGGUUCGUUUCUCAGGGAAAUUGGACUUCAAAAAGAUGUGGUUGAACAAUUAACAUCCUGCAAGAGUUGUGAAAGUGUUCUUCCUUUUUAGUGCUGUACAAUGACUUGGAAUGUUUGCUCCACAUCAGAAAUUUAUAAUUUUUGUUGCGAUUCUCCAAGUAUACAAUUUCAUCUGCCAAAUUUGUGUAAUCUCUGAAAAUUUCAAAAACACAGCCCGAGAAAUAGAUCUUGGAUAUCUGUACAACCUAUUGUACAGUCUGUCUGUAAUGUCAUUUACAGAUAUAACAAAUGUAUCACUUUCAUGUAUUUGUGUUUUUAGGUCCUUUGUUUACAAAUGUAGGGCUCUCCUAGAAUGAUUCAUUAUUGCUUGAACCUCUUUUCAUUGAUAUGUGUACAUAUAUAUAGUAUAUAAAUAUAUAUAUAUAUGGAGAAUUUCAUUAAUAUGGUGUGUUUAUUAGUGAACUGGAAUAAAUGUUUAUAGAUAGCAGAUAUAAAAUGAAGCCAAUGACUGCUUUAUAAUUAAACACACUUUGAGGCCUUCUUAUUAAUUUCAGAGUGUUACAUUUGAUUGAAAUCUGUAUAUAAUUUUAUUCCAAGAAUGAAUGAUUGCAGCUAGUUUUCAUUCUGUUUAUUGUAACAACAUAAUAAACCUUCAUAAUAUA